UCCAUCUACUUCUAUAUUUCUAAAAACCACUACAUAUAUAUACACACAUACAUACAUAUUCAUACCCUUUUUCUCGUUCUCAUUAUAAAAAAAAAAGGAAAAGAAAGAAACGUAUAUAUAUAUAUAUAUAAUAUGGGACGAUUGAAUUUUGAGGGAUUGAGAAACUUACAAAACACAGCAAACGACUUAUUACGAUACUCAGUUGUGGUUGAUUAUAACAAACGACAAGAUCAGAAAAGGGUUUACGAAGUUUCAGAAGCAUGUUUGAGAAUGUUGGAUGUGUGUGGUGUUUCAAAAGAUGUUCUUUUACUUGUGAAAGAACAUCUCCAAGACCUUCAAUUCACGUUGAGACGAUUAAGCAUUGGGGAAUUAACAACCGAUAUCGAAAACAAAAUCUCAGACUACAAUUGUUACAGGAAGAAAUUGAAGAAAGAGACUAUCAAUUGCUUGAACUCUCUCAAGGGAUCAUUAAAUAAGGUUGUACUACUCGUUCCAUCAUCAUUAUCAUCUUUAAACGACAAUCUUUCUAUUGUCGUUGAUGUGUUGAAAGAAGUUAGAGUGACCACUAUCUCUAUUGUUGAGUCUUUGUUUUCCCUUAUUGACAAGCCUUGGCUUGACCAGAUCAAAUCGGCUAAAGCGUCAUCCUUUCUUGGUUAUAACUCCAAGUUCAAACGUGUGAGUAAUUACAGUAGUGAAGAUAUUUAUGAUUCUAUGGAGCUUCAUAGUGCUAAUAAGAGAUUGGUAGCUGUGAAGAUAACUAUUGAAUGUAUUGAGGUAGAGUUGGAGAGUAUAAUCAGGCGUUUGAUCCAGACAAGAGUUUCACUUCUAAACAUACUCACUAAUUAAGUAUCGAGUUAUAAAUUACUUAAUGUAAUAAUUUUUAGAGAACAUUACUAACUAAUCGCGAUGACAUGU